AUGGCGCAGGCUGACACCGGCCAACUUCUCCAAAGCCUGCGCCUGAGUUCCCAGAGUCAUGAAGAUGGCAUCGACCACAAUGUGUCCUCCCCCCCGAACGACAUCUCCGGAGAGGUGAACGGGUCCCCAGACAGGUCUCCUGCACCAUCCCGCCCGCCGUUCAAAGGCUCGGGUACAAGUCAAGACACCAUUCGCCCGACGGCCACCCCUCCUGUGGACAUACCGGCAACCAGCGAAUUUCCCGCUAUCAGCAGAGACUCUACGAGCCCUUCCGCAUACAUAGAUCAGUUUAUGCGACGGCGGAAUCCGUCGGUCAGCUUCAACAAUGAGAUCAAGCUUGACUCGGGACAUCGUCAGAGCAUGCAAGAGCCGUUAGAGAAGCCCUCAAAGGCUCGCGAGCGUGGACGUUCCUUGUUUCAAGCUAUGGCAGACGCCCAGAAAUCGUCCAGGGCGCACAGUGAGUCAGAGCGGUCACACUAUGAUCCCAUCACAGGCCGGCACCUUCCCAGAUACUCCCAAAGCCCACCGAGGGAACAAGCGCGUAUCGGAGAGGGCCGUUUUCCCUUACUACAAACCACGGUGGACGCGCUAGCAAGAGAAUCCCAGCCCGAUUUCCGGCACACUAUGUCGAUGCUCUCUGAUUCUGCGCUGUCUCCUGAUGAGCAAGCCGUGGUGGCUCCGGAUGACGAGAACUAUUUGCUGUCCCCUACGGCAGCUUCACCAUUUACAGGACAGGCGUUCUCCUACGACGAUCCCAAACCCUUUCGACGCACUGCGUCACAGAGGUGGCGAGAGGGCGACACCAGCGCCUCUCCGCAAGACUUCUUUGCGCGGGCAGGGAGUCUGCGCAAUAAAAGUAUGCGAGAUAUCGCCAGCCGGGCAUCUCGGCGAGACACAUCGGGCUCUGCCACACGGUCACCAAGAUCAGCGGCCUCUUCGUAUUUGCGAGCAUUUUCCAUGAGCAGCGGGACGAAUGGUGAGGGAGCUGACGUGGGACCGCUCGCCUGUGAUUCAGAGGGCCAGACCAUUGGCGAUGACUACGUGUUGGGUAAGCAGAUCGGGUUUGGCGGUUUCAGCACGAUUAGACAGGUGACGCAGCUCCAAGACAGUAAGCACCGUCUACUGGCUGUCAAGAUCGUCCGUCGCCAAAUCGAGGGGAAGACUGAGACGGAGAACGAGCAAGCCCAGGCUGAGUUUGAACAUGAGGUUGAGCUAUGGCGGUUCCUCAACCAUCCCAAUGUCCUUCCUCUUGAGGCAGUCUACAAGCUGGACGAUGCCACUUUUUGCUUCAUCCCCCUCAACACCGGCGGUACGCUCUUCGAUCUUGUCCGGGCCAACCGCAAAGGGGUUCCACAAGAGCUUUGUAAAAGCUAUUCCUAUCAGCUGGCCUCGGCACUGCGGUAUCUCCACCUCGAUGCUCGGGUCGUUCAUCGGGAUGUGAAGCUAGAAAAUUGUCUGAUAGAGCCCAGCAGUGAUGGAGGGCCAGGUCUUCUUCGUCUCUGUGACUUUGGUAUGGCGGAAUGGCUCUCGACAGACGGCAUGUCCGGACCACCCAGCCCCGAAUUUAACGAUGCUGAUCGACCUCCUCGGAAACACAUCGGUCCAGCCGACACGUCAACCUCUGCCUUCGCCGGCGGUAGUCUGGAAUAUGCCGCACCGGAGAUCCUGCGCAUUGCGGAACGUAUCAAAGCUGAUAUCUCAGUGGAGCGGGCCAUUGUGUCGCCGGCGGUUGACAUCUGGGCCUAUGGUGUCUGUGUCUACAGCAUGAUUGUAGGCUCGCGGCCCUUUCACAAUUCAUUCCAACCCCGUGUGGUCAUGGCUAUUCUAGGUGGAGAUUGGAACCGUGCCCUACUUUCGGAUAAAGGCGGAACCGAUGCCCACGAGCUUGUGAGUGGAUGCCUUGAGAUGGAAGAAGGUCUGCGCUGGGACAUAACGAGAGUGGUCGACUGUGCCUGGCUUGAAGAACUCGCCGGCUCCGAGGACAACCAGCAAGGUAUGAAUGGAUGGCGACUAUGA